CUGGUUACUUCUCCAUCACUCACCUUUCACUACUCUGGCUGUUUUAAACACCACAAUUUUGAUUCUAUAGCGAUUCUCAUACCUCCAUUAAACUUUAUCUGCACAUUUUUUAGGGCAGCGCAAUUCGAGGAAGCUCUUCGACGAUUUAGUGAGUCAAUUUCCGUCCGCUUAGGGAAACCCAACUCAACGUUCAUCCCCAUCACCUCUCCUUCUUCCUCCUCGUCACAUCACAUUGGUGCCGAAAUCGGCAGUGGACGAGGCUGCUCCCUCAACGACCUCUCCUCCUACAUUCCCUCCCUCCAACCCCUCCUCUCCAAUCUAGCUGAUCUGCGGAAGGAACUUGCGAGUCUUCAUCAUGAUCACUAUGAGCACGAAUGCAGACAGAAUCGACAGGCAUCUCGCAAUGACGCCAGUUCCGUUGCUGUUGGUAGUGGUGCUGACCCUGGUCCUGUUUCAACUCCGGUCAUUCAUCGUAGACUUGUGGUCCCUGGCACAGUUGCCGGCUCUACUGGUGCUGCGGCUGCCUCCUUCCUGGUGGGAGUGGAAUGUGCAUUGGCCUCAUGUGAUGUUGAUUUGCCGGGGAUGCGCACAGCACCACCGCCGCACCCGUCUUUGGGUACAAUCAGACAAUCUCGGAAGGCGUGUUGGACAGUGUGGAAUGAGUAUUACCACACUAGACACCAGCCACUGUCAGGCGAGCUGCGAAAACAACUCCGUCAACCGACUUUCAACAACUGGCCAUACACAGAUGCUCAGUUGCUUCGUUUUGUGCGCUACUUUUUUACGGGUGAUGUGGUAGCUACUACCACCGUCCCCUUUUUUCAUUGUGGUUCUGCAAUGACAGAAACGGAGACGAAAGUGGACGUGCCAGGAGACUCACGAUUGAGACUGGCACAACGCUGUGACAUUCCGGAGGACACAUUAGACGCGUGGUUGUGCGCUGUGUAUGCCAAGUACAACUGCGUUUGCUUCCACAACUUCAAACACGCCUUUAUGGUGGCUCAAAUGGUGGGUGUUACCGCCUUUUAUGUAUCUGAUAUGUAUGCAUCGAUUUGGUGUGCAGAUCUGGCAAGCCUGUUUUGUCACCUGGACCUCUUCACUCUCCUUUUUGCUGCCAUCUGUCACGAUUUAGAUCACCCUGGCCUAACAAAUGCUUACCAGGUAAGUGCGGCAAACUGUUCAAUGAGUUUGAUACUUUAUCUGGGGUUUUCCCUUUGUACCAAUGUUGCAACCUACACCCUUUACAAGCAUGAAAACACCAUAUGUUUGUGCCUGCAGAACAAUUCACACUCGCGCCUAUCCAUUUGCUACAAUUCUCUUUCGCCACUGGAGAACCACCAUUGCGCUGUGGCUUUUGAAUUAGUUCGGACGCCGACCACCAACAUCUUCGUCAACUUCACUACAAAGGAGAUGGAACUUGUUCGUGAGAACACUGUGCAGUGUAUCUUGGGUACAGACAUGGCCAAGCAUACGGACAUUUUGGAGGCCUUUGCAGCCAAAAUGUUGGAGCACUCGAUAGGAGCCGCGACGGCGGCCAUUUGCGAUGUGUCCGAGUCGACUUCGUCAGCGGCCAUCAACGGUGUUGCGCCGACUACCGCCCAACUGGCAGACAUCUUUGAUGAGGACGACGAGUCUCGCGCCCUGACAAUGGUGGUUCUAUUAAAGAUGUGUGAUAUCUCCACAGAGAUUCGGCCCGUGGACGUUGCGCGACCCUGGCUCAUGGGGUUAAUCAAUGAGCUAAGUAAUCAGCGUGAUCUUGAACGGAAGUCCAACCUACCCCUGUCCCCGGUGAUGGAUGAGUCCAAUAUGGUGGACUGCCAAAUCAAUUUCCUCUCCUUUGCUAUGCUACCUCUCGCCAAAUCGCUCAUCUCAAUCAUUCCUGCUCUCGAGCCAUGCUUCCUAAUACCCACGGAAGAUCAGCUUGCAUAUUACCAUCGUCUGGCUACUGAGCGAGCCACUCUGCCGCCAUCAGCGGAGGAUAUUGUGGUGGGGCAGGUCGAAGACCAGCACAUUUAUGAUGAGAACAGCGUUGAAGACGUCCGUCUCGGCGGUGGAUCCGUUGAACUUCCCCACGCCAAGUCGACAAUCGGAAGUGAAGGCGAGGAAUCCAAUGGGUCCUGUUCGACCUCACCACCCCUACUGAUUCCCUCCACAACUACCACCGCUGCGGCACCUCAUUUGCACCAACCUCUGCAACUCUCCAUCUCCACUUCAAACCCGGAUCGAGAACCGUUGGGGCACACGCUGCAUCACAAUCACAGUCACACCUGCUCCAGCAGUGGAGACGGUCAGCAGCCUAAGCGCACUUCGAUUGUUUCCUCAGCUGGUCUGAUUGCGGCAGAGUUGACUCCACCGCAUCGACCACUGCGUCGAUCACUCGGUGAAUUACCGUGGUCAGCACACGCCCUCCUUCUCACACACUUUGAAGAUGCGUACCAUCUCGCCCCGCCACCUCCCCCGCCUCCGCCGCCCCCACCACCGCCCAGAUCUAAUCGGUUCAUGGGAAUGGGGGAGAGGACGAAAUCGAACCCGUCUUCUUGA